CCUCAACUGGACGUGUCCUAAAUCAAUUGUGGUCAAUUCCCUUGCCAUUCGCAUUCCUCCAACCACUUCUGUCUUGGUUCCCCGCUCGCUUCUCGAUCGCGGCGAUAGUCUCGCUCCGCUCUCGAGUCGCAAUGCUGCUCAAACCCGCCACGCCGCUUACUAUCCUCCUGCUGGUCGCAUUUGUUCUCCUUCUUAUUUCCGUCAUCUCAACCCCCAUUAUCAAAGGCAUUCCCCUGGCUACCUUUGAGAAUGUCGACUAUGGUGUCUUCGGUUACUGCAAAGGUGACCAGUGUACCAGCAUCCAUGUUGGUUAUGCCGACGGUUCGUUGCCUAUAUCUCUUCUCCUCGGCGCAUUUUUUCCCGCCCUCAGAUAGGGUUGAUGAUAUCGGUCGCUUACAGAUACUUACUCCUGGUCUCUCAGAUAACAUCAUUACAACCAACUCGAGUAGCAGCGAAUUCAACAUCCCUCCCAGUACUCGGAAGUCGCUUUCGGCCAUCUUGAUUGUCCAUCCUAUCGCAGCGUUCCUCACUCUCAUUUGUCUUUGCUUGGCUGCAGCAGCGCACUUUCACGCCCCGUCGCAUUCGCCGCGAUACCUUUUGGUUCUGCUUAUCCUACUCCUCCCCACGCUACUUGUGUCUUUACUAGCGUUCCUUGUCGAUAUCUUACUGUUCGUUCCGCAUCUCAAAUGGGGAGGAUGGAUCGUGCUUGUGGCCACCAUUUUGCUGGUCACUUGCGGUGUGGUCACUUGUGCAAUGCGCCGGACACUGGUGAGCCGCAAGGCGAGAAAAAGACGUAUUGCGGAGAACGCUGAAAUGAGUGGGGAGAAUUUCUACAACCGCCAGAACGCAGCAACAGCAGCAGCAGCAGGAGGGUUAAGUCAGCCUGACAGCUUCAAUGUUGAUGUCAAAGAACCGGUUGUUACUGGCUCGCCUCCGACUUCUGAUGUCGGUCCCACGUUUACUACAUUUCGUACGACGACCCAUGACAGUGACGAUGACCGCACUCCUUUGAACGCUCGCAAUCCGCCUAGCGAUACUGUAUCGCCCACUGCGCCAUAUACCAACAUGCACGGUGACGGAUUGGCUUAUAAUGCUCCACCGGACCGGAUCGAGAACUCCUCUCCUGCUGUCCAAGGACCUGGCCCGCGGAUGCGCCCCGGACCCCCUGACGCUCGACUUCACAAUCAGUACUCUGAUGGCAGUAUGGGCUCACGACGAGCUCCUUUUCCUCCGGGCUCUGCACCCCGCGGACGUGGUGGGUAUGGACCGCGAGGAGGCUACGGUCGUGGCGGGCACUAUGGGCCCGGACCACGAGGGCCUAAUCUGGGCGGGUCGAUGAGAGGUGGACACCCAGGAGCGAUGGGACGAGGCUACCGUGGCCCACCUCCUCCUGUUGGUUAUGGACCUUCGCCUGGACCUCGACCAAUCCCGCCUCCACAGGACGGAUAUGAUUAUCGUGGCCCAGCACCCUCAUCUGGUCCUCAUCGCCAGCCAUCUCCAGGUCCGAUCGGGAUGGCCGUAUCUGCGGACUACGAGGCGGCCGGACAGGCAAUCGAAAUGCAGCCACAGCCAAGACGACUGGGUUCCGCCGAUCCUAUGUCGCAUGAGAUGACGUCGGACCCUCAACCGCAUGCGCUGUCAGCAGAUGGAUAUCCGGAGCCCAUCAGCCCUACCAGCCUUUAUAGUCGGACACCUUCAUAUAACCACCCACGUGCUGGCUGGGCACAAGCAGAAGCUCCCGCUCAGCACUCGACGCCGCGUGUGCAAGGCUACGGCUCACAACAUGCACGAUCCCCUUCAACAGAUUAUUUUGAGGAUGCGGAUCCUAGAUUCGUGAAUCCCAACGAGUCGGCAGCGGGUAACGCACGGCUGCCUCCUGCUCUGACACCAGGUGCCAUUGGUGAGCGGAAACCGACGGAUAAUUCGGCUGAGCCUCCUCACUCACCCACUACUAGUGAAGUAAGCCACUUCACUUCCAUCUCUCAGCGGCCUAUCAACCCUCGCUGGCGUCCGCCCCCCGUUCCGGCUCAACAGAAGCAUGAUGUUUUACUGGAGAACAAUCCGGAUUUUGAUCUUCAUGCGGGCGCUGGACGAGGAGGGCUUGCCGGAGUAGGAAGUCGGAUGCCGCCACUGUCAAUACCUCGAGACGCCUCAAGAUAUCCCAUUCCAUGAACAUAAUAUAAACUCUGCGUUACACCGUGUCUCCCUCCUUGCGGUUGUCCGGAUACGGGCACCCUCCGGAAAUUCACGAAGCUAGUCACGGGACAGGAUCUCCCUUGGGGCUGAAGAGCCCUUGUGUCGUGCCUGCGCAGCAUGGCAUUUGCAUAUAAGCGCAUUGCGUCUGUAGCUGUGGUUUUUACGAGUCGGUAAUGAAGAAAACGGGUGUACAUUCACAACAGGGAACCUGACUCCGUGCGGACUGUUGGUGGUUUCAAGUUAUGAUUGUUAUGUU